CACUUUCCUUCCCCCACAAAAAACGAUAUUUACCUUUGACACCCAGUUCCACAAUACAAAAUCUUUUACUAUCUGUUUCACCACAACCCUUCUUCAAUUCCAAUUCCAAUUCCAAUCCUCUCCAACUAAUAGCUUCAAAAACAGGGGCCAAAUUUGGAGCCCUAAUUCAGCUAUGGAGGGGAAGGACGUGAAGCGACGAUUGGUUCAGUCGACGCUGUUUCCUCACAAGGAGACUGCAAUUAAGGCCGGGGAAAACUGCGGCGCUGAUAGAGAAGAAGCGGUGGUGCAAGAGGAUGAGGAUGAGGAUGAGGAGUGGUGUGGCAGUAGCAAAAAGCGGAGGGGAACUAAAAAGAAGGGCAAUUCUAAACAGAAAACGACGCCCCGAGCUUCUGCAAAGAAGGAUAUAGAAAACGGAAAAGGAACUCCAACGAAGCAAGUUAAAGACAGUGAUUCCCCAGUUAUUCCUAAGUCGAGUUUCUUUGUGAAGGUCUCUGAGCAGCGUCGUCCGAAAAGGCAGCAAAGCCAGCUGAUAUCUGCGGAAUCCCCUGAAGAAAAUGGUGAUAUCUGUUCAGUUCCGAGCUCUGUUGAAAAUUGUAGGACGACUCCUCAAAAGCAGAAGCAGCGGGGUAAAUCAACUCCGAGGAAGGAAAAGAGGAGUUCAACACCCAGCAAGAAGAUGAAAAGUGGCAAAAGAGAGUUACAAUUUGAUCACAUCCCAUGUGAUCUUCCACCGGAUGAACAGCCUAUGCAUAAACUUCCUGAUCUAAGAUUGGAGGCAAAAUUGAUAGCAGAGGAAAACACACGCAUAUUUUCUGGACGACAAAUUCAUCCAUUUUUUAAGUCAUGGAAAGGGGGAAAAACAAGUCAAGCAAUGACUGAUCCAGAAAGCAAUUGGUCCCCUGUUGAGAGAAAGGAAAAAGGCAUUGCUUUCAACCCUAUCCAUGUGUUUGAGGAUGUUCAGGGCAAUCAUUCAACUUUCACUUGGGGACAUUGGAUAUUUUCUGAAAGAAGUGCCAUCAGUGAUCUGCAAUGCGGAAGCUCACCACUUUUUGAAGGAUCCAUGGUUUCCUUAAAUUUUGAUAACUAUAUGAAUUUCUCACAAUUCACCCCAACAUCAUUAAACCAAAACUCUCAUCAGUGUUCUGUCCCACAAGAAGGGGUUUUUAGCAAAGAAAAUUAUACAAAUGUGCUGCCAAAAUGUACAGAAGAUUCACUUGCUGGAUCUAUUGAAUCUGUGUUGCAGGAUCACAAACAAGAAAGUAACGGUUUUGUCAACAAGAUACACUUAGGUGGGAACUUGGAUCUUCAGCUUGAGGAUAAACUUCUCCAGGAAAGGAUCAUGUCUCAUUAUCAUACAAGUCACAAUAAGCCCGAGAAUUGCCUAUGGACGGACAAGUACCAGCCUCAGAAUGCCAAGGAG